CAUAAAAUUUUCUCCCCACCUCUCCUCUCCUCUCCUCUCCUCCCAAAAAAUUCCCUGAUCUCGGUUCUGCUAUCUGUAACCAUGAGUUAUCAGCAUGUUCAUCAAGGACCCCAUCCUCCACCAGGGUAUAAUCGGCCACCAGGAGACUACCCACCGCCGCCUCCUCCGCCGGGGUACGGGUAUCCUCCUCCGCCUCCACCUCCACCUCCUGGCCCCCCUUCUUAUCAGGGCUACUUCAAUAAUGAUUACCCUCCACCACUACCACCACCGCAGCACACCCACCAGCAUGAGAACAGUAGUGGAUGUUGCUCAUUUCUCAAGGGAUGCUUGGCAGCUCUUUGCUGUUGCUGUGUGUUGGAGGAGUGCUGCUGCUGCUUUUAGGCCGUUGGAUGCCAAAUAAAUACAGCUUUUGAUGUUGCCGUAUGUGUGAAAUGUUCUAUUGUGUCCAGUGAACUAUGAUAGCCUAGCUUUUGCAGCUUUGAGCAUGUUUAGCUUUAGUUAAAAGUAACUAAUGUUUUUAAGUUACUUUUAAGCACAAUGCAACAUGCUCUUUGCAGUAUAUGCAUAUUUCCCUACAAUUUCUCCCUAACUAUGAAUGUUGGAGACUAUUGUUGCUAUUGACAUGAACUGAUUGUAUACAGUACUGUGGUAUUGUGUUUAUUAUGCUAUGUUUUAUACUGCUAAAGUAGUGAAUUAAAUUAAAAAUUAAGUGAUUA